AAGGGUGGUCAUUACGCUUUUGCGAACGGCUUUGGAAAACGACGAAAAUUAAUCUCCAAGCUAUUCGGCGUCAUAGUCUGAAAUUUUCGUUCUUUCCCUACGAUCGGGGCUUUUUCGCGAGACACAGAAAUAAAUCUUUCGUGUGUCGUGAUAAAUAAAGGACAUUGAAACAAUUUGAUUGAAAACCGUCUCUCGACUAAGAUGGGUUCGAUACGGCGCGUAAAAACCAAGAGGCGAACCAGAGAUCUUGAUCAAGUGCAUGCAGACUUGCGUUCCCCAAAGCACUUGUUACAGUACAAAACCUCCAAAGCUGCUGAAGAUCUUCCGGGCCUUGGAAAAUAUUACUGUAAAGAAUGUGCCAAAUGGUUUGAAGGUGAAAAUAGUCUACUCACUCAUCGUCGCGGAAAGAACCAUAAAAGGAGGCUACGUCUUUUGCGUGAAGAACCCUAUACUCAGAAAGAAGCCGAUGCUGCUAUUGGCCUGAGAACAGAUAACGGACGCAGUGAUAAAGCAAACGCGCAGCCUACGCAGGCUGAGGGUCUGGUCGCUGCGUCCGGUAUGGAGGUGGAAACAGCACAAUAAAAUCUGAGUCUUGGACUUCAUCCUGGUUCAAAGAAACAAGACAAUCUUGUGCAAUUGCCAAAUACUGAAACAUGUGUCCAAGGUGGCCUACAGCAUACGGUUGGGUUCGGCGUUCUAGAAAAGUUGAAAUAACAUGCGACUUACGGUUGGAUCCGGCGUUUUGGGAACAGUCUGCUUUUCAAACUCUUUUUUCGCAGAUUAUGCACAACCCAUUUCGCAAUGAUUGGGUUUUUUGAGAAUGGUUUGCUCAAAUGUAAUCUCUGCCGCUGAGAUGUGCCUCUGGGUUAAAACUUUGCGAUCAUUUAAAUGUAACAUCAUUUAUUUAGUAGAGUAGACAUAUCCUUUCCGACCUUUCCCUAAAAUAUGAUGAAAAUACAAAUAACAGACA